CCAGCCAGGAUACAUAGCGAUACGAAUAAACAGGCGGAAGAUCGACAUUUUUUUUGUUGAACGUGAAGACGAGAGUAGCGUGCAUCGUUUAAGAUAUACGUAAAAUAUUUUAAUUCGUAAACAAACUUUUGAAAACACGUGUGUAUUAACUCAAUCAAUUUGUAGUUAUUCUAAUAUAGAGUAUAAUACUUUUAACUUUAUAUGUAUUUAUGUUUUGAAAUCGUAUCGUAACGUACCGUGUCGUAUACCCUACCUAUAUAUUGUAUGUGGCAAAAUCGCGUCGCUUGUACCAGAUUUUACUGGAAAAAAUCUUCAAUUGUCCUUAAACGCGCACUACUUUUAACAAGUAUAACUGAAAUUAAAAUAUUUCCUUAAAAAUAAUUGUGAUAAAAAAGUUAAAAGGAUAAAUAAUCCAGCCAUUCAUUCUAUCACAUUAGAAAAAAUAUUUAAAAUACCAAAAAGUGUCAAAAAAAGCAAAUACAUGGAUAAAAAUUGUUAAAGGAGUUUUACAGCAUUAACAACAGCCAACAUCAAUUUAAUAAAUAAGUGUUGUUCAUAUUGCGAAAUAUUAAAAAAUGUAUUGUAUAGAUACAUAUGUAUAUUAAAAAAAAGCAAUAAAAAGAAGUGAAGUGAAUACGAGUGAAUGCCCAUUUAGUGCGUAUUAAUCUUUUGUUUUUAUUGCUGCUGUUGCCACCUGUGGCGUAUGAAGUUUUUAUUCAAAAAAUCAAAUUCAAUACUGUCUCUUAUUUUAACUACAAAAUGCCAUGCAUAUGUACAAAUGCAUAUUGAAAUAAUUUAUUAGUAAAGUGCUCCUUUAAAAGUGAAAACAAGAAAAAAUAGUAAAACAAAAAAACAACGGGAGCGACAUCAUGCUUAAUUGUUCGUUUAAACAAAGCCUGUUGUCAGCAUGUCAAGCUUAGUGCAUCACGUUCAAAUUUAAUUGAAAACAACGUACAAUAAUCUACACACAAACUACCUAGUUGUAAUAAUUCAAUUAAAAAAAACCCUAUUUAAAUAUAAAUAAUUUUGGAAAAAUAUUUUUUUGGAUUACAAGAAACGGUCUCUCCAUAUUGUGGUUUACAAUUUGCAAUGUUUGCUUUGCAGUCCAACCCGACCUUAGGUGCUGUAGUAGCACCAUGGUCAGGAUCAAUGAUUGAUCGCUUGCCAUCCUUAGAAGACAUGCCGCACAAAGACAAUUUCAUUGCAAUGAGAAAUCUACCAUGUUUGGGUGUAACUAGCGGUGGCGGUGGUGUCGGUAGUAUUGACGGUUCAACGUCGGAUAUCGCAGCAGAUAAACCUACUGCUGUUAUGGAUCCAACUACCUUGGAAGCACCUUCAACGCCUCACGCAUCGUCUUAUUUUGCCACCACCUACUACCACAUUACUGAUGAUGAAUGUCAUAGCGGUGUAAAUCAAUUGGGUGGUGUAUUCGUUGGUGGCCGUCCUCUUCCAGAUUCAACUAGACAAAAAAUAGUGGAAUUAGCACACUCUGGAGCCAGACCAUGUGACAUAUCACGCAUUUUACAGGUUUCAAAUGGAUGUGUUAGUAAAAUUUUGGGCAGAUAUUAUGAAACCGGCAGUAUAAGACCCCGAGCGAUAGGUGGUUCAAAACCUCGAGUCGCUACGGCUGAGGUUGUUGCGAAAAUUUCUCACUACAAGAGGGAAUGCCCAAGUAUAUUUGCAUGGGAAAUACGUGAUAAAUUGUUGCAAGAUGGCGUUUGUACAAACGAAAACAUUCCAAGC